AUGUCAUUGAAUGGACUUGAUGGAGCUGCAGUCGCCGAAGCACACCAAGCUGCUCAGGCGGACGCAGGAGGAUGGUUCUUACUGAGAUACACCAACCGCGACACGGUUGAAUUGCUGAGCAAGGGGACAGGAGGUGUACCGGCGGUGCGUGGAGUCAUUGAGAAAUAUGCAGAGAAAUCGCCUCUGUACGGGUUGGUGCAGUACCGGCGCAAGAAAGUCGUCCUCAAAUAUGUGCCCGAGGGAACAUCUCGAUUGCUGCAAGUGCGGCUUACCGUGCAAUUUCAAUCGGUCCUGGAAACCUUCACGCCACAUGACACCGUCUUCUCCUUUGCUGCCGCCUCCGAGUUGACAGAGUCCGCGCUCGGCCUGUGUACCAUGCUGCUACCCUCUGCAUCGUCGCUUACCUCAUCCAGCUCUUCUCUGCGACGGCGGAGACUCAACGAGAUUACUGAAGAUGCCGAAGACGCCGUGUUGCCAACAGAGGAGGACAAGGAGAAGGAAAAGGAGAAUAAAGGCCUUGCUCUUUUGGCAAAGAGGAAGGAGGAAGCCGCCGCCGUCAAUGACGACGCCGGUGCCCUGUCUUUACCGGACAAGACCAUCCACCCUCCUCGCAAAGAGAGCCUUCUCUCAUCCCCCAAACCACCGGCCUCGCCGUUACCAUCACCACUAUCGCCGUCCAUCGUAGACAAAGAGCUCCCAGCAACCCCCGAACCGACGCCACCCUCUACGAGCGAAGGCGAAGGGCCAAGAGCUCCAGAUUUCGAAGCCACCAGCAACAUCCUUCUCGAGACCACUACGGCAACAGCAGACGCCUCCAAUCCAGCUACUCCUCGCCCUCACGCUCGUCAUCUCUCAGCAGCCGAGUCGGACAGUAUCAGCCAGUGGAGCAGUAACGUCGCUUCGUAUACGACGGUCAAACCAAAGAAAAAGAAGCUGGGACCGCGCCCUCAUGUUGAGCCAAGUCAUCGUCCUAAGACAUCCGGAACGACAGACAGCGGUACAGGUAUACGGCCAGUGGCAAACCUUCCAACCUCUAUUCGGGUGAACAACAAGUCUCUAGUCAGCCUUGGGCUUCGGCCUGGCUCCCAACAGUCAAGUCGGAGCGUCCCUGCUGGCCGUUUUGUACCGUCGACUCAGUCCGUCAAUGGUGCGCCGCCCCUGCCGUCGCCAUCUUACCUGCACGCUCCCUAUAAUGCGGGAGAUAGCCGCUCUGCAAUCCUCCGACCAGCUUCUGUGACUGGCGAUGUCUCUGCGACGACUCCGGAAAAGCUAAGAUUAAUGAAGGCCUUGCAGCUACGGAAAAGGAAUAUGCUUCUCGCUCAAAGGGCAGCCACGGCUGUAUCAUCAACCCCUUCAAAUACAUAUAUGCACAAUGUCUCGGACUCGAGUGUGAACCCGAACGGCUCGAGUACUCGUCUAUCAUCUAUCCCGAGUCAGGAGCAGCUCUCAAACGUCGAAGAGGAGUCAAAGUUAACUCAGUCAUCUUAUACAACUUCGCCAACCAUCAUGACAAACAUGUCAGAAGAGCCUUCAACAAAAGCCUCUUCCAUCAGCGAACACGAUGAUUGUUCCCGCACCCGUCGCUCUUUGUCCUCAGCCACAAGCUCGUCGCUUACGCCGAAAGCCCUUUCCCAGGAAGACAAAGCCGCGGCCAAGUCUGACGCGGCUCCAAUUGGAGUAGGACCAUCGACCAGUUCGGGCCGGACUACUCCAGAUGAGGAGGACAAACGGGAGUCCGGGGCCGACGUCAAGGCAGCACUUGCCUACCUGGAAGCUGCACCAGUCAUCACAGGGGAGAGCCUGGUCUUGGAGAGCAAACCUCAACCAACCUCGGGGACUGAGCAACGGCCUUCUAUUUCAGCCCUGACACAGGAUGCCGUGCCACUUCAGAAAUCGGGACAUUUGGGACCCCCACAGCCCCUCAAGCUUCUAUCAGGCGGCAAUGCGUCAGCCUCAGAUCUCUCAGAAGAUGAUUCUUUGAUGGACGAAAUACAGCACGCUACAGUCCACGAGGCUAAGCCAGUCUCUGUGGCACGUUCGCCCGUAACUCCAAUCAUGUCCAAGGGAAGUUCCGAUCGUUUACGCGAGAUUGUUACCAAACCGCCAGGCAGUAGCCACUCAACAAGCAGACCAAAUCUUGUAACAACGCCCGAUAGAAACAGACCCAGCAGUGGUAGCGUACGAAGCAUUUCAACAGCGCUUCCACAGUGGCCGCCAUUGCCAACAGAGUCUGCUCAGCUGCCUCUUACUAAAAAGGCUACACUCGGAACAGGCAUCUCAAAACGCAUAAAGGCCUUGGAAGUGCUAAGGACGAAAGAUGCAAGCCCUCCACGACACUCACAGCCAAUACGAGAGACACAUGCUGGGACCUCCGCCUUUUCGGCAUUCAUGAAGCGUUCAUCAUUCCUCUUGAAUCAGCAACAAGCCCCGAAUGCAUCAACGGAAAAUUCACCCCCAAAACAAAUGCCUACAACAGGACCCCAAUAUGAUCCACUUCAAUCACUCGCGGCAAAGGAACCGCGACGUCCCUCGUCGGAUGUGCACAGACUGCAGAAAGGCGAGACCAUCUCUGUUACAGCAAGGAUUGUGCGUGAUCCCAGCAGCAAACAUCCUCCCCUGGCCCCCAGUUCUAGCUAUCAUACUCCUCUCAAUCUCUACCGGAGUCCCUUGAUCGUUGAGCAUGAGAGGUCCGACCAGUCGACCUCUGACCACGCGCUGGCUUCGAAUCAACCGAGGGUUAAAAGCCCUACAAAAUCGGAAAGGGGCCGAUUUUCCUUCUCCUCACAUCGAUCUGGCUCCCAUACAAACCUCCCUCGAUCGGAGUCAAACCAUAGCAAAGUUUCCAAAUCAGGCCAUCACAAACGACAUGGCCCGCGAUCAGCCAGUGACGCCGCAUCCAUUUCCGAGGACAAACCGAAAUCUUCGAUGACAAGUAGACUAAUGAAGCGAAUGUCGAAUCUAGCGAACGCGCGGAACAAAAAUCAACCGACGACGAAAGACGAGGCUCAUCAGUCCCCGGCGAACAUGACGCAAGAACAACCCGACCUAACCAGGGAGAAUUCGGUAGCAGAGUCAUUAAUGCAUGUUGUCGACAUUGGGGAUGUCAACGUACAAUUCCCCGAGUCAUUUCUGUGGAAACGGCGCUUCAUGAGAAUCGAUGAUCAAGGGUUUCUGAUUUUUUCCCCGCCAAUGACUGACGCGAAUAUGAAGAGCGUCAGUCGCAAGUACCACCUCAGUGACUUCAAGCGGCCUUGUCUACCAGAUCUUGAACGCGAAGAGAUGGCGUGGAGUAUUCUUCUUGAUCUGAAGGAUGGGACGUGUGUGCAGUGUGCAUGCGAGAGUAAACAGGCUCAGCAACAAGUACUACAGACGCAUAUCAUCAGCUAUAUGGAGCUGGAUGAGGAGAAACAGAAGGACCCAGUCCAAGAGGGCGACCAGCAGUCACGACCACCGAUCAAUUGUUUUGCAUAG